AUGGAAGCGAAAAAAAGAACAAAAAAAGGGGAGCCAAAAAAGCAAGAAAAAGGAUCCCUGAAUCUGCUCCUUUUAUGUGAAAGCUGAUGCAGUGCUCUCCCACCACAAAAGAGGCUGAUGAAGCCUGAAAGAGGGGGCUUUUUUAAGGCUUUCUUCAAGCUCACAACAAGCAGCCCAUGACCGCUGCUUUUUGAAGCUUAAACCCCGGUUUCGAGGGUGGGAGAGGCAAAGUUAAACAGGGCAAUAAUAAUGUAGCAGCCCCUCCUCGCUUUGUCUCUUCCUCCUUGUUCUUUCCUCCUCUUGCUCUGGACUCACUGCUUACCGCCCCCCCACCCCCACAGCUGCCCACAAAAGCCAAACCGAGCUCAUCAUGGGAUCCAGUCUCUUCCCCUCACCACUAGUGUAGUGUGGCAGGGGGAAGGAUCACAUCCUCCACGCCUCGCACCUUCUUGCCUCGCCCCUGCUCCCAAAGAUCCUGUCUUGCCUUGAGUUUUCGGCCAAGGGCAACAUAACAAGUGGGAGGAAGAGGGCAAAUCGAAAUCUUGGGCGUUUCCGUUCUCGCAUCCAUGGAGACCGCAUCUCCAUGUGCAUCUUCUGGGUCUGCCAGCCAUCUGGAGCUAUCAAGCUCGGAUGACCUCCCCGUUCAACAGAGCCUGCUCUUGUCAGACGGUCUCGAGGCUUUGAGGAAUAUGCGGUCGCAGUUAUACUCGGCAGCAGAAUAUUUUGAGCUAUCUUACAUCAACGACGAUCGGAAAGAAACAGUGAUGAGGACUCUGAAAGAUUAUGCUGUUGAGGCAGUUGUUAAUGCUGUGGAUCAUUUAGGUUCAGUGUCACAUAAGGUAAACAAUCUUCUCAAUGAAGAGGUUGAUGAGGUCUCUGUAGCAGAGUCUGAAGUAUCUUGCAUUGAGCAGAGACUUCGUACAUGCCAAGCAUGUAUUGACCAGGAAGGUCUUUCUCAACAGUCCCUUUUGAUCAGACCUCCAAAGUAUCACAAGCGCUACAUUCUACAAGAUGAAUCCAUGGUCGAUUGUGACAGACAAGCCAAGCUAAUGUACGAAGAACUUCAUCCACCUACGGAGAACGGCAAACUACAGCAGCAGCAGAGCGCUUGUUCAGCAACAAGGUGUAGGCCAUCUCCAAACAGGAAUGCUCGUUCAUCAUCCCCUUCCCCCUGUCCUCCUUUAGUAAGAGAACACUCUUCAUCACCUUCUCACAACUCACAGCCGGCUUCACCUUUACCACAACUAGAGAAGAUCUCUUCAAAAGGAAGAAGAGAUAAUUCACCACUUCGAGCUUCUAAUCCACUUACACGAGCAAGAUCAGCAGCAAAUAGACCGCCUAUUCCUAACUCAUCAAAGCAGUAUCUUCUGGAGUCCCAAAAUUCACUACCAAAUUGCUUGCAUGAUGAACGGUACAAUCGCAAAGACACCGAGCAAAAUCCAACCAAGAAGAAAGGGUUCCUCAAGUCACUGCUCAUGCGGAAUAGGUCAUGGACUGAUGAAUCACUGUACAGCUACUUGGAUGAAUAUUAAGGAAGCUAAUUGAAGUAUAAAAAUAGAUGAUGACAAUAAGCCAUCAGCAAGCAAUUCCUUCAAUUUUGCUAAUUCAAAAAGCUUUGUUAUA